GCAGACAGCGUGAUGUUUGGCGUGUUUAGUUCUCAGACUACAUGCGUUUAUUGUAAAUUCCGCCGUUGAGUAAGUUUAACUAAGAUCUGUGAAUUAUAAUAUUCGUUCAGUAGAACAGAGUGCCCAUAAUAAAUUAACCUAAUGCGCGGAUUAAUUAGAUCAAUUUAAUUGCCAAGAUGACGUCCGUGUAAAGACGUUCUCAAAACUUCCGACGUCAGUGCGUUCGAAGCGCCGGAGUCUAGAUAAAGUGGGUGGGAUUGAAGAGUAGAAAAGUGAUUUAUUAAGAGCAACAACACUGAGCAACAACAUCCGGAUGGCAAUCGGCAGAGGCAAAUUGAAAGAAAAAGUAUGAACGAAACAGAAGUUUGAAAACACCUGUUUUUGACGGAACCUUGUUUUGGUCAAGGAGGUCACUUAGAAAUGUAAAAGUCUGACGAGAAAUCUUGUAUACGUCCUGUAGCUGGUUGGUGUAUCUUAAAGUCUGGGCCGUGUUUAUGACUGUCUAGAGAAACAGUUUCGUAAAAGGUACUUAACUGUGUAUUAACUGAUAUUCAAAGGGACUAUUAUUUAUACAGGUUCUAGUACCCAAAUCUAGUCAUUUUGUUCAACAUGAAGAUGGAAACUAUUGAUUGUCAGCCUGAAACAGUGACCCAGGAAGCACGCCUUAAUGACCAGAUCGGGACAGCGAUGCUAACUCCUGUGUCUUCUACAGAAAACACGUAUGAAAAUGGGCUUAUUGGUAACAUAUCCACCUCACCCCUUGUUCCUCCAGACAACGAAUCAGGGAACAAGGUGGUUUCGACUACAAAACGAAGUGGAGCUGGUAUCAGGAGACAGGAGAAACCCCCUUACUCUUACAUCGCUCUAAUUGUUAUGGCCAUCCAGAGUUCUCCAAACAAGCGACUGACACUCAGUGAAAUUUACAAUUUUUUACAGCAACGUUUUAAUUUUUUUCGCGGCUCAUAUCAAGGUUGGAAGAAUUCAGUUCGACACAAUCUUUCACUAAACGAGUGUUUUAUUAAACUUCCAAAGGGUUUAGGUCGUCCUGGAAAAGGACAUUACUGGACAAUUGACCCGGCCAGCGAGUUUAUGUUCGAAGAGGGAUCUUUCAGAAGAAGGCCCAGGGGAUUUCGAAGAAAAUGUCAAGCCUUAAAACCAUAUACGUCGUACUAUCAAAAUCCUUCUCAAGGAAUGCUAGCUUCUAACUACGAUCUACUUACACAACAAACUUCCCAUUAUUCUUGCGGCACAGUCUUGGGCCCACCUUCUGCUCAGGACCCUUCAGCAGUGCCGGGAACACAAGGGUUCCUCGCUGGUCCAGAAAGUCAGCCUAUGGUAUCGUGCUCGUCAACCCCUCUAACUCCUUCGUCUCAGAGUGGUUAUAAUGUCGCAUCUCACGGCAAUAUAAACAUGGGUAUGGGAGGGAUGGGCAUGGGGAUGACCAACGGUCACUAUCAGUCCAGUUGCUCAUUUUCAAGUACGGGAACACUCCCACCUUUGGCGGCAACUUCACCCUCGUCAGAGUAUAGCUCCAUUACAUCUAACCUACAGGGACAGAGUUCUAGCUAUGGACACUUCCCGGGUAUAAUGGCACUCACUAUGGAUCCAUAUCCAUCAUGGACAACACCGUGUUCCAUAAACAAUAUCCCAUACAUGAAACAACAGCCUGUAAGUCCUAACGGAAGUCCAGGAUCCUCUUCUAUUCAUAACAUGUCUCCCAGUCCGUUGACAACAACACCCAACGAAUCCAUGCCUUAUCCCACUACUCCCACUCAGCUUGGCCAUCCCAUGCUAUCUGGAUCUGGAGCUAUUGACUUUGGUCUAAACGGUGUCAGGUUUCAAGGAGGGCCAAGCGACAGGAAGCCCAAUUACACCAUUAUGCCAUUGCCCUCAACAAUAUCGCCACCUAGUGGUGGUCUCCAAACUAUGGCAAGUCUGAACUCUUCGGCGUCAAAUGCAUCAUAUUUCGAGACCAAAUAUGGCAUCCAGUGAAAGAAAAAAUAAAUAAAUUGAGACACAACAAUUAUUAUAUACUGUUGAAUAAACGUGUAUUGUAAGCGUUGUAAAAUGGUCUCAGUAGGCUUCAAGUUGUUACCGUUCUACUGGUGUUGUUUCUAGCUUCAUUAGAACAUUUCGUAGUUGUUCCAUUACUGGAGAAACAACAUAAAAUUCGCAGUUUUCAGAUUUUAGUCUUGUUUACAUUCUCAUUUCAUUUUUUCAAUGUGUUUAUAGCGUCUUGCUUGCAUUUAAUUAGAUCGAAUUGACUCCAAGAAUUAGUGAAACUGGAAAAAGAAUUAACGAAAUAUAACUUGUCUUGUUGCUGCUAAAUUAUUAUACUCAUUUCCAGCAUUUUUGAAAGAAAAAUCUAAUUAUCAUUAAUUAUAUUGCUAGUGAUCGAUAAAGUCUCCAAAAAAAAACUUUCUAAGUUCGACAACUAAAAAUCGUUACCAUAAAAUAUUGGAGAAUUAAUUAUAUAUAUAUAUAUACGAUCGUGAUAACGCAAAACACCAGAUACCUUUGUUAGAUAAUAAUUCGUUUUUAUUACAUCAUAUAGAAUGUAAGCUCGUAUAAAGCACUGCAGAACACGUGUUUAGCAAAUCGAAUUUAAUUUCAACCAAAUUUUGGAAAAGGUACGAAAGACACAUGAAGCAACUGUUACAAAUGUGAUGUGACGUAAGAUAACACAAAAAUUUUAGUAUAAAAAAAAUGUCAUAAUUUUAAACAGAUAGAUCUGUAAGCUCUUUAUUUAAAAUUUAAAUUCCCACUUAGCACAAAUCAUAGCGACGCUAAAUAUUUCCCUGUUUUUGUUCCUUUCCGGAUUAGUAGCAUUAAUCAUUUCCUUUUUCGAAGUUUAUUUAUUUUUUGUUGUUGCAACGCUAAAAACCAGUCAAAUCAAAUAAGAAAACUAUUUUCAUUGACUAAAACCAGUCAAAUCAAAUAAGAAAACUAUUUUCAUUGGCUAAAACCAGUCAAAUCAAAUAAAAAAACUAUUAAUUUCAUUGGUCAGGAAAAUCUGGGACAAAGUAUUACACAGUUUAAUUGUACCGAACAGAUAGAUCUAUGUAGCAACUGAGUAGAUAAAUAGUGUCAAAUUAUCGGGAUUAAACUGUCAUUUUUUUAAAACUGAAGAACUAAGGUCAGAAGCUUAUAAAUCAAUAACAAAAGUUGAGAUUAAUGGUUUCUAAGACGAAGUGAAAUUAAAAUACUAAACGCUCUCGUUUUCGAAAAUUAAUUAUUUGGUUAUUUUGUUGUUUAUUUUAUCUGUGUACCUUACUGUAUUUAAUGGUAAAAGUUCCCAAAUAAAUCAAUACAAGUGCUUAAUAUGUUUCUAGGAAAACAUUUAGUUGAUCAUGAUAGAAAAAAUACUUAUAAUUUUUUCUAGUCAUCUCCAAGGUAGAAUGUUGUCUGAAUUUUCUUUUCUGACGAACUACUCUUGUCUAGAGCAAACAAACAAUGAAUUGAUAGUUAACAAUGCCUAAAACACGUGUUUAAUAUGAUAUUUGUUUUAUUCUGACGACUAUCGGAAGCGACACUUUUAAUUUUUUUGUUUUAAAUAGUUCGGUUUACAGAUUUACAAUGCUAAGAUCCGGGACUCGUGUCUCUGCGGCGGACAGAGUUGUAGAUAGUCCAUGAUGUAGCGUUUCACGAGGAAACAAAUACAUAAGACUAAAAACAAAGUUAUUCAUCACGUUCAAAGAGCUAGGCCUUGCUUCUAUAAGUUAAUAUUGUUUACUAAAAUGUAGUAUUGUUGUACUGUUCUUUCCUUGAUAUAAUCUGGAGUUGGUUUUAAAAUUAGUUCAUCAGAGUAAACUUUGAACAAAAAUAGUCAUCUAUGAAAAAACACACACAAAAAACAAAAACAAAAACAGAGAAACUUCCUCUAAAAUAGAAAGUAAUUUUCGUUUUCCAAGAGCAGUCCCUACCUUAACCUAAUAUAUAUUCAGGUUUAAGCACAACAUAUAAGAUUCAAUACAUGAAAAUUGAAUUCUUCACUAAGCCCUAAGUUAUUUAGCUUUUUGUUAUUGUAAAGUAAAAAUGUUAUCUACUGUUUGGGUUCACAAAUGUUUGGAAUAUUUGACAUAUUAUGCAUAUCCUUCAGAAUGAUAUCCUCCUAAAAGCAUGGUGUAACCAAUAGUUAAUUGAUAUCACUGUAUUGUAUAUACAUAACUGGGCCACAUUUGUCCUUUGUUGACUCCCACCGAAGUAUCAACGGUAAACUAAAGGGCUUAUAACUCUAAAAUCAGGGUUCGAACCUUGCGUGAGAACUGCGCAGCUUUGCAGUUCAGUAAAACGAGAAGUGAAGUGUCAUUUUAUGUUAAAAUUG